CAGUAGAGAGUCAAUGAAACGAUCACUAGCCGCAUUCCAGAGAGACAGAGAUAAACAACGCAAACAUGUGACACAGGUAGACAGCUGACGGAUAUCAGUCAAUCAUUAUAUCAGGCUGGAUUUAGUGUGGGCAGCUCAUGGGUGCAUCUGUGUGCCGACAUGUCCGCUCGCUGCUGUCUCUCCCAGAUCACAGCAGAGCUGGGCAGAAGGGCAUUUUGAUGGGCGGCGAUGACUCUCUGGAUGGGCUGGACAGACAGGCGGACAUCGCCCAGUUCCCAUAUGUGGAGUUCACUGGUAGAGACAGCAUCACCUGUCCUACUUGCCAGGGCUCUGGACGCAUCCCAUCAGGACAAGUGAAUGAGUUGGUUGCUCUGAUCCCCUAUAGUGAUCAAAGGUUACAGCCCAGGAGAACGAAGUUGUAUGUGGUGCUGUCAGUGAUUCUGUGUCUGCUGGCAUUCUCAUUGGUGGCUUUCUUCAUGUUUCCUCGACCUGUGCUGGUUGUUGACGAUGGCAUUCGCUCUGUGACUGUGCAUUUUGACCGCAACAACAGCAAAGUGAUCAUCAACAUGACGAGCUCAUUGAACUUCACCAACUUCAAUUUCUUCACGAUGUGGCUGGAAAGCGUGAGCUGUCAGGUGCUCUAUAUGAAGACGGUCAUUGGAUCUCAGCAGCUUGACAAUGUCAUCCACAUCCAGCCACUCAGCCAGAGACAGGUCAACUUCACUGUCAGUAUGGAAAUUGGUGGAAGCCUCUCUUACGUUUAUGCUUUCUGCACUAUGGCAAGCAUCAAGGUCCACAACAUAGUGGUUUUCAUGCAGACCUCAGUGAAAACCUCCUACAUGGUGCGGACAGCACAGAACACUCUGGAAGCCUACCGCUACAUCGACUGUGGUGCCAACAUCCACCAGCCCUCAGGAAUAGUGUGGUCAAAACCACACUUCUGUCAGAGUGGUGAAACUGAAGUUUAGUUGGGUGGUUGGAUUCUUAACAGCAGCACCUUGGGGUUUGUUUGCCUCAAAAGGGAGAUCUUUGUGUGCUGAAUUCUGAUAUUAGUACUGAGAUAUUGAACAUGUUGAAAAGUGCAACUAAAAUAUGCCAUAUUGCUCAAAUAGUUCCUGCAGUGCAGAUAUUGUUGGUGUGGUCACUACUACUGUAAACAAUGGGGCUUUUUGCUCUCCGCUCAUGGUCUUUGCCAUUUUAAGAGCUUCUCAAACAUGCUAUGGCAUUAAUCUAGAAUCUCUAAAGGGACAGACAAUUAUUGAAAGGAUUGUGAAUGUCAAAGUGCACUUUAAAAUGCCAUUUUUUGUGAUGAUUUUGUGUCUGGUUUAUGUUAUAGCAGUCCUGUAAAAUAUUUUGUAGGUUUGGUUGAUUAUGUCCUAUGCAAAUUCACUCCACUAAUUCUCUAAUUGAUUUGUGAUUUUGAUGAGUUUACUUUGUAAUUCCAAAGAUUUCAUGUGUUUACAUGUUUCAGUCUCCAUUUCUCUGUUGGGUGGUUCUUAAAGUGCUUCAUUCACCCAGUCACAAAGACACAAAAGCAUAUGCCUGUAAUAUUUACACCAAAAAGUGGUGUAAAAUGUGUAUAUAUGUUUGGAGGAGCUGAAAAUUCUGAUAUUUCAGCUCAAGUGUUUCGAUCAAGCUGCUGAAUAUGAUGUAGCUGUUUCAAAAAUAAGUGUCUCAUUUUGGCUCUGUGAUGCCAUGAAAACUGAAAUGAGGUCAAUUAUAGUUUUUCAAAUGCAAUUAUGCAGAAUAUUUUCUUUUCACUCAUGCAUUAUGACUUUCACCAAGUUGUUAGAAAUCUUAUUAACUUUUUUAUCUACUGAAAAUUCAGAUGCUUGUAAAUGCUUUUGGAAAAUUAUGAAUCACUCACGAUGAUAAGGAUCUGAAGUCUGCUGGUUUUGAUGUUUUAAUAAGGGCAUUUGUUCUUUAUCUGCACAUUUGUAAAAUGUCCUCAACAUGCCUUAUUGACAGAGACAGAAAAACAAGCUGAUAAUAAAAUGUUUGAUUCAGUACUGUUUUGAAUGAAUUGUGUUUGGAGUUUAAAAAAAAUAAAGAAAGAAAUAUGUAUUUUCUGACCAUUUA